UGUCUGAAUUCACUUCUCCCAAUUCUUUGCAAAUCACCACUGUUUUUCCACCUGCCAUUUCCCUUUGCCAUGGGAUGUAUCUUACUAAAUUCUUUUGCUUUGGCCGAUAACAGAGCCGCGUCACGGGGCACAGACUCACUGUCUGAAGCCCCAGUAGUGCUGCGAUCCUCCGUGUGUGCUCACUUCAGAACACUCUGCCCUCUCUCCUUUGGAGGCCUCCCUGGAGCAGACCUGUUUGCCCAUCUCACACACCUUGUCCCAUUUUAUUCCUGACUUGGGGCCUAAACUGUAUGAACCUGAAGAUCCUCAGGUGUCUCCGUCGCCCCUCUAUGUUGUGUUAAAGUGCUGGCAUGAAAUCCUCAUGGAAAUGUCCACUCAAAACAUGGGAAAGCGGUUUCUGAGAAGGGUAGCACUGGGGUUUGAGGGUGCCCAGAACAGGAAGAGAUGAGACCACUUGAAGAGAUGAGGUAUAUGAUUUGCAAAUAAUUUCUCCCACUUUGUGACUUUUCUUUGACUUUUCUUGUAUUUCUUUUCUAUUGAGAAAUCAUCUCUGAAUUUUUUUCCCCCAGUUUUACUGAGAUAUAAUUGACAUCACUGUUUAAGGUGUACAGCACAAUGGUUUGACUUACAUCUUUGAUGGUGUCUUUGUGGCAGAAGAGGUUUUAAUUUUAAUCGAGUCCAGUUUAUCCAUUUUUAGUUGACUGUGUAGAUGGCAAGGGUCGCAGUUUGUUUUUUCUUUGCAUGUAGAGCUCCAGUUCUGUUGCCUCCGUUUGUUGAGGAUCGGGCAGGUACAUCUGAGCAGCGCAGGGGGCACAAGCCGGGGGCUGCGCUGCCAGCCAGUCGGACCGCAUGUGGUUGAACAGACUGGAGAGCAUGCUGGUACCUCACGGUGAUAGGAUGUGCCGAUUACCAAGGGUCUCCGUCCCCGGUCGGUUCUUAUUUAUUUAACUUAUGGCUGCGCUAGGCCUUUGGUGCUGCACCUAAACUUUCUCUAGUUGCCGGGAGCAGGGCUACGCUUCCUUGUGGUGGCGGGCUUCUCCUUGGGUGACUUCUCUUGUUGCAGCUGGCAGAAUCAAUAGUUGUGGCUCCGGGGCUUAGUUGCCCCGAGGCAUGUGGGAUCCUCCUCCAUCAGGGAUCGAACCGUUAUCGCAUUGGGGAUCUCAAUCACUGGACCACCAGGAAGCCCUGGUCCGCACUUUUUGAAGAGACUUCUGGGGCUGGACUUUUCCUGGCGGCUCCCACUGGUACUACAAUUCCCAGCAUGCAUAGGGCGGGCCAGCCUGCCGCGGCGGGGGAGGUUCCCGGCCCGUGUGGGCCUUUGGCUGGGAGGGAAGGGCUUCGCCGCGGGUUCCGGGUGUUUGAGGUCAACUUCCCAAGGCUUUGGCAGCCUCGAUGGCUGAACUGCGGGACGGCGAGCCCUACGACCUCCCCACUCAGACACGCCUCCGGCCUCUGGUCUGGCCCCUUCUUUCAAUUUCCCGCGAGGAGUAAGUAACCCUUGAAGACGACCAACCGGCGCCUAGCAUUUUGCCAACCGGGCCAACCAGAAGCGCGGGUAGAAAAGGCGGAGGUGGAAUCCCCGCCAAGCAGAGGAGAGUCCGUUUCUCCCGGAAAAGGUAGGCCGUCCUGACUGGAACCCCGCGAACAGCAAAGGAUUCUUGGCCGGGAGCAGAAGUGCACGAACCCUUUCUUCCUUGCUCAGUGGGGGCUCCAGAGGGGCCAGGUUUACCCUUCAGCAGCCCCUUUCAGGUGUCUGGGCCCAGCCUUGGCUAUCAUGGCUCACAAGACUCCUCUGGGCUCUUCUGCCUCACACGUCAGCUGCCUGGACCUGUGGAGGGAAAAGAAUGACCAGCUAGUUCGACAGGCCAAGGUUGCUCAGGACUCAAGUUUGCCUCUGAGGCGACAGCAGUUGGCUCAGAAUGCACUGGAAGGGCUCAGGGGACUCCUCUGUAGUCUGCGGGGGCUCCCGGCGACUGUUUCUGUUCUCCCUUUGGAACUGACUGUCAUCUGCAACUUUAUCACCCUGAGGGCAAGCCUGGCCCAGGGCUUCGCUGAGGAGCUGGCACAGGAUAUCCAGCAGGGCCUAGAGAGAGUGCUGGAGACGCAGGGGCAGCCGGAAGCCAGGCCGGAACACGGGCUCAGGGGGCUGUGGGACUCCGCCCUCCGUGCUUCCUCCCUCCUGCCGGGGCUGCUCCCUGCCCUUCACCACCUUGCUGGCCUGCAGGCUGCCCUCUGGCUGACCACGAACCGUCUUGGGGACCUGACCUUGCUGCUGCAGACCCUGACUGUUAGCCAGAGCAGGGCCGCUGAGGAUGUGCUGCUGCUUCUGAAAACCUGGAGACCCCCAGGUGAGGAGUCAGAUGCUCCGCUGACCCUGCAGGAUGCCCGAGGCUUGCGCGAUGUCCUUCUGACAGCAUUUGCCUAUCGUCAAGGCCUCCAGGAGCUGAUCACAGGGAGCUUGCCCAAGGCACUGAGCAGCCUGCAUGAAGCGGCCUCAGGUCUGUGCCCACGGUCUCUGUUGGUCCAGGUGUACACAGCCCUGGGAACCUGUCUUCGUAAGAUGGGCAGUCCGCAGAGAGCUGUGCUCUACUUGGUUGCAGCCCUGAAAGAGGGAUCAACCUGGGGUCCCCCACUUCUGGAGGCCUCCAGGCUAUAUCAGCAACUGGGGAACAUAGCAGCGGAGAUUGAGAGUCUGGAGCUGCUGGUUGAGGCUUUGAGUAUCACUCGUAUCCAUAAAGCCCGUCAGCUUCUCAUUGAGGUAGAGUUAUUACUCCCACGACCUGACCCAGCCUCACCCCUUCACUGUGGCACACAGAGCCAGGCCAAGUACCUGCUAGCAAGCCGAUGCCUACAGACAGGAAGGGCAGCGGACGCUGCAGAACAUUACCUGGACCUGCUCGCCCUGUUGCUGGAUGGCUCAGAGCCAAAGUUCUCCCCACCACCUUGCCCCCCAGGGCCCUGUAUGCCUGAGUUGUUUUUGGAGGCAGCAGCAGCGUUGAUCCAGGCAGGCCGAGCCCAGGAUGCUUUGACCGUAUGUGAGGAGCUGCUUAGCCGCACAUCAUUUCUGCUUCCCAAGAGGCCUCGGCUGUGGGAAGAUGCCAGAAGAAGAACCAAAGAGUCACCACACUGCUCACCCUGGGUCUCUGCUACCCAUCUGCUUCAGGGCCAAGCUUGGGUGCAACUGGGGGCCCAAAAGGAGGCAAUUAGUGAAUAUAGCCGGUGUCUUGAGCUGCUCUUCCGGGCCACACCUGAGGAUGAAGAACAGGGGCCUGCUUCCAGCUGUGAGCAGGGGUGUACAUCAGAUAUGGCGCUACAACAGCUUCGGACAGCUGCCCUGAUUAGUCGUGGACUGGAAUGGGCGGCCCUUGGCCAGGAUACCAAAGCCCUACAGGACUUCCUUCUCAGUGUGCAGAUGUGUCCAGGUAAUCAAGAUGCUUCCUAUCACCUGCUUCAGACUCUGAGGAGGCUGGAUCGGAGAGAUGAGGCCACUGCUCUCUGGAGGAGGCUGGAGGCCCAAACUGAGUUGCUACCGGAGAAUACUGCAUGGUCCCUCCCCCUGUACUUAGAAACCUGUUUGGGCUGGAUCCGUCCCCCUGACCGUGAAACCCUUCGUGAGGAAUUUCAGACAUCUGGAGACUUGUGACCUGUAGCUGCCAUGUUUCAAAGAACCAGAACUGGGGCCUCAGUGGGCCAUCUGUGGGGAGGGCUUUCUGCUAUCCCAUCCUUGGGAAAUGUGGCUGGAGCUGACCAUUCCAGUAUAUGUCUGGCAUUGGAGAGGUUGGUGGUAGUCCUGCAAAAUUUGGUCUGGUUACUCCUAUUCUGAUUCCAGAGAAACCCUGCUUCCACCAACAAGGCAUUGACUUGCUCAUAGCACCUUUUAUCCUGUUUCCCUUUUCAUGUGUUGAGUAAAAUUUCAUAUCUA